UAUUUACGCCCAGACUCGGCCCGAGCUCCACAGAAAAGGGCAGAAACUUGAGCCAGUGUGAUGGGGAGGAAAGGAGGAGACUGGCUGAGAGCGGUCGCCGGCGUGGGACGCUGGAGUUCAUUACGGGAUGCGUGCGAAGCAGAGCGGCAUGAUGGAGGCAGCGUGUUCAGGGGAGAAGAGGCGAAGGAAGGGCUAUGGUAGCAGCCAUCAGCCCUCCACAGUCCAAAAUAAGGAUGAGAACGACACUUCGAUGAACUCUUUCGGCGUCGCUGUCCGAGGCCUCCCCCUGGCCUUGGCAUCCCUUAAAAGAUUAUCUUCCUCUGACGCGCGCUUCCACCCAAAAUGGCGUGCGAUCACCGUGGUGACCCUCUUGGCUUUAGUUCUUCUAUUGUACCUGCACCGAAGAGAGGAGGACGGAAACGCGUCGAGGAAAAGUUUCUACUGGAGCAAGCUGUACGGCUCACACACGUCCAGCGAGGGCGGAGAUAGACCCUACAACAGCACGUACCCGCUGAGUCCGCCGGAGAAGACCUGGAGGGGAACCCGCUACCGAAUCGGGGUGAUCGCGGACCUGGACACGGCGUCGCGGAGCUCCAAGGAUCAGACGUGGUUCAGCUACAUGAAGCGAGGCUACCUGACGGUGUCUGACGUCGGCGACGUCCUGGAGGUGGAGUGGGACGAGGAGCCGGUCACCCUGGAGAGUCACCUGGCCGAGAAAGGACGAGGGAUGGAGCUGUCCGAGCUGGUGGCCUUCAACGGCCACCUGUACAGCGUGGACGACCGGACAGGCGUGGUGUACCGGAUCGAGGGCAGCCGGGCCGUGCCCUGGGUUAUAUUACCGGACGGCGAUGGCUCGGUCUCCAAAGGAUUCAAAGCGGAGUGGCUCGCUGUGAAGGACGAGCACCUCUUCGUGGGAGGCCUGGGGAAAGAGUGGACCACGACGUCUGGGGAAGUGGUCAACAACAACCCGGAGUGGGUGAAAGUCGUCGGCCACAACGGCGACGUGAAGCACGAGAACUGGGUACCGUACUACGACGCCCUGCGGAGCGCCGUGGGGAUCGAACCACCAGGAUACCUCAUCCAUGAGUCGGCGGCCUGGAGCGAGAGUCUCCAGCGCUGGUUCUUCCUCCCCCGCCGGGCCAGCCACGAGCGCUACGAGGAGACGGCGGACGAGCGUCGGGCCACCAACCUCGUGCUGUCCUGCCCGCCGGACUUCGGCUACAUCACCGUGCGGCACGUCGGGCCCUUCAACCCCACCCACGGCUUCUCCUCCUUCAAGUUCGUCCCGGACACGGACGACCAAAUCAUCGUGGCGCUGAAGUCGGAGGAGGACGCCGGCAGGAUCGCCACCUACAUCAUCGCCUUCACGCUGGACGGCCGGGUGCUGAUGCCCGAGACGAAGAUCGGAAACGUGAAGUACGAGGGGCUGGAGUUCAUUUAAAACCUCCAGCGGACUCCAGUUCACAGCAACACAUCAGAUUGUUUGAUGAAAUCAAAACCAAAGUUGUCUUCGCACUUUGACUCUCCAGAAAGGGAGAAAAAAAAAAAAAAACACUAUCGAAGUCUGGUUACACUUUAAAAUACAAACCAAAGAUGUAAACAGUCUUUAAUUCACUACCAGAACUCAUCUAUGUGCUGGAUUAAAUGCACUUUACAGAUUAUUGUGAUUUUUUUUUUUAACCAAUCAUAAUCAUUAUAAAUGUGUAGGAUGAGAUGAGGGAGCAGCCGUUCUUUUAGAUCAGAGGUGUCAAACGUGGUUUAUCUCAGAGUGAACUCGAAGUGCCCUCAAUAGCAAAAACAGCUAAAUAAUUGAAAAUCAUUAUUAUAGCAGGAUAACAAAAAAACCCUGUUUUGAACAACUCUCCCAUAUAACAUGGCUUCAGUGCUUUUUCACAAGUAAAAAGAAGCUGCAAUCGAAUUGUUUCAACUGACAGAUCUCUUUGUAGUAUUGACUGAACCGGACUCAUCCAGUGGCCCAGUUCUGGUCCACGUCCUCCAUGUUUGACACCCCUGGUCUCGAUGGUUCUGGAGCCUCGGCUGCCUCAAGCCCCCGUCUGGUCCAGCCCACAUGUCCAAGUGCCCUUAUGUGAGGGACCAAAGGUUCCCUCAGUGAUGGUCCAGCGCCUUCCCUUGCUUUGUCUAUACAGGUGUUUUAAUGCGCUUUAACAGUGAAGGUCUGAAAAAAAAAAACAUUAUUUUACCACCGUUUGCCCUCUGAGCUGUAAGUCCUGACAUUCAGGAAGC